CAAGGCAAGAUCCUGAAUAAAAAUAUAGAUCUCCACUCGUCUACUGACAAUUCUAAUGGUUCUGCUGGUCUAAUGGUGGAGAAGCUAGAAUGGGGAAAUUCUGAUCAGCUUGACCAAAUUUUGAAAAGGCAUCCAGGUGGAUUUGAUCUGGUUCUUGGUGCUGAUAUUUGCUUUCAACAGUCUAGCAUCCCAUUGCUUUUUGAUACUGUGCAACAGUUCCUCCACAUUCGGGAGGAAGGAAAUUGCAAAUUCCUACUGGCUUUUUUUUCCCGAGCCAAAGUUAUGGAUGCGAUGGUUAUCAGUGAAGCUAAUGAAGACAUGUCACUUGGUUCAUGGUUUAUUGGUCUUGAAGUAGAGCACAUUGGUGACCGCAAUAUGUGCUGCGGGACUCCACCAGAGAAAAACUCGCAUUUGACCAUUCCUGGUUUCUCAAGUGAAGAGAGGAAAAACCAACAGAACCAUAUGGCUUUUGGCAUUGACAUGUGGAUCUUUCAUUUUUUGUACGGAGGAUAAUUUACACUUUUGAACAGUUGGGAAGUUUUUUUUCGUCCUCUGCCUUUUGUGCGGAAUUUGGAUGAAUCGUACAUAUAAUUUUUGGCGGGAUACAUAAUACUUUUGACAUGGAACUUGUAUUUAUUACCAUGAUAUAUAGAUUAUCUUUUGUCGUAGUACAUACUACCAUGGUAAUUUGUACCAUGCCAAAUGGUCAUUACAAUAUAUAGUAUUAAAAAUAUUUUUUGUGUACGGAGGACAUUGUUUUGGUAUGCUUAUUUGUUGUGUAUGACAUUAUUUCUAAUUGGAAUAUAUAUAGUUGGUUUGUAUAUAAGUUUAUAUUAAAAGGUA